AUGGGCCGUCCCUCUGUCCCGCUGUCAGCGGACAUGCCGCCACUUGUUAUGGGCACCGCGACUUUCAAUUCCCAGUACAAUGCUGACCCCUACGCUCUUCCUACGACCGAAUUGGUUCAUCGCGCUCUUUCCAGUGGAGUACGCGCCUUCGAUACAUCACCCUACUACGGCCCCGCGGAGGAACUGUUGGGUCGUGCUCUGGCAACAGACUUUGUCCGAUCUGAUUUCCCCCGCCAUACAUACCGAUUGCUCACCAAAGUGGGCCGAAUCGCAGCGUCGUCCUUUGACUAUUCGCCGAGAUGGAUCAGACAUAGUGUACAGCGCAGCUUGCGCCGCCUACAUACCGAAUACUUGGACGUGGUCUACUGCCACGAUGUGGAGUUCGUGAGCCCAGAGGAGGUCCUCGAAGCUGUCCGAGAACUGCGCCGCAUUCGCGAUACAGAAGGCACCGUUCGUUACGUCGGCAUAUCGGGAUACCCAGUGGACGUACUAUGCGAUCUUGCCGAAUUGGUCUUGCGCGAGACCGGCGAGCCUCUCGACAUCGUGCAGUCGUACGCCAACUUCACGCUACAAAACACUCGGCUACUCACCCAAGCUCUUCCCCGGCUGAUCGCCGCCGGCGUCGACGUGGUGCCAAAUGCAUCGGUUCUGGGGAUGGGCAUUUUGCGGCGUGGAGGCGUGCCCAUCGGAAGCAUGGGUGACUUCCACCCUGCCCCUGAUGGUCUUCGGCGAGCCGCCCGCAGUGCAAGCGAGUGGGCCGACGCCCAAGGCGAGAAACUGGAAGUGAUCGCCAUCCGAUUUGCGCUGGAGUCGUGGCUGCACGACGGCGCCAAAGCCGGAGCUCUGGGCCCGCCUCUUGCGCGCAGCCCCGGUGUGGAUCCUGGGUUCCUCUCCGUCGCCCACGUGGGCACCGGUGAACGGCUCGGCGUCAGCGUCAUGGGCGUCAGCAAUGUCGACGAGCUGAACGAGACAUUGCGUGUCUGGCGCAGCAUCAUCGAUGGCUUGGAGAACCAAGACGAUGACGAGGAGGAACCUCAGGCCGCUGCCGUACCUACCGCGCAGCACGCGCCCGCCAUUCUUACCCCCUCGGAAGGCGUCAUCACCGACCGGGCCUGGUCCAAAGCUCGCCGCAGUCGCAUCCUGACGCUCGCGCAGGGAGUUCAAUCGAUUCUCGGACCUGAUUGGGUUGACUAUAGCUGGCCGAGCCCUGGGACGGACUUCGUCAAUGUCUUACCCGCCGAGCAUCUUGCUGCUCUCGAGGAACUCGAGUCCAAGGCCGCUGGCACUCAAAGAGACACCGAGACAGACACUGGGAAAAUCGAUGAGCCUAUAGUUACUCCGCCCCUGGAAGCGACGGACAGGCAAGUGGCCAUGGAUACAGCGCCAUCGAGUGUUGUUUAUGAUUGA